UCGUCACACAACGAACUAGAAAAACAUAGGCGGGCUAAACUCCGGCUAUAUUUGGAACAGCUAAAACAGCUCGUGCCUCUCGGGCCGGACAGCACCAGACACACCACUCUAAGUCUGUUGAAAAGAGCUAAGAUGCAUAUCAAGAAAUUGGAAGAACAGGACCGAAAAGCUCUAAAUAUUAAAGAACAAUUACAGCGGGAGCACCGCUACCUCAAACGCAGAUUGGAGCAGCUAUCCGUGCAGGGCAUGGAGCGUAUCCGCACUGACAGUAUGGGAUCAACAAUAUCCACUGACUCUGAACAAGAAGUAGACAUUGAAGGAAUGGAGUUUACUCCAGGUGAAAUGGACAGUAUUGGAAGUGCCAGUGAUGCUGAAGACCACUACAGUUUGCAAAGCGGUUCGAGUGACGGAGGUUACACACAUUCCCGCAGACUGAAUGCCAGGCUCUCAUAGUGCCUGAGUUACCCGUUCAACUCAGGACCAUCUGACUGAAGCACUUAUAUUAUGAAUAUUCCAGAGGUGUCAACUGCCACUCUUCCGGGAAACCCCAACCACAGUACUCUGACAUGGAGGUUUCUUACCCACGGUUCCCUGCACUCAACCACAAUAUUAGAUAUUGUACAUCAUGGGUUUGCUGCAGAGAACUGUGGUUAGGUACAGUUGUGACUUAAAGCUAGCUUGAUGUAGCCAUACUGCAAAUUAAAGACAAUAAAUUAUGUCAUUCCAUUCAAGAAGUAUUAAAUUCAAACUGUUGGAAGCAUGGCGUAAGGGAGUUUGACAGUUAUUUUGAUUUUUGCAGAAACCAUUUUCAAACAUGGAAGAAUAAAUGGAAUCUACAAUGUGUUAGUGAUUCGGAGAUACAAAAACCUAAAACUAUUUUUUGUGGUAUUUUUUUCAUGCAAAAAAAACCCAAACCCAAAACAUUUUGAACUCUGUAUAGCAGACCGUAUAGAGUAAAUUCUUUCAGCAGUUGCUGUUUGGGUGAAGCAGGCAGAUAAAUCUUCAAAUCUCAGAUGAUCUUUAGAAAAGGUCAUAUUUACAAGUCACUACUGUACUUCAAAACGGGGGAAAAGCCAGCUCUAAUAAUGACUUCAUGUGGGAUGAUCUCAACUUUCUUUUGCUUUUUUGUAUUCAGUAUCCAACCAGCAGCAGAUCAUUCUGUCCAUGUUAACAGGAGCAGUAGAAGGCAACACUGCAGUUUUAACCUGUUAUCAUGGAAUGGAUGACAUUUGAAGCAUUUCAGUGGGUUUUUGGGUUGUUUUUUUCAUUUCUUUGUCUGAAGAAUACAGAACUCAAGUGAUCCAGUUUGUGAUAUUUAAUCUUUCCUUGCAAGGAAAUGAAAUCUCUGUUUGCUUGUAUUUUUUUUCUUUUCUUCUAUUUACACAUGUCAAUACAUUUUUAUGGAAGGCAUGGCUUAAAAUUACAGUAUUCCGCUAGAAGAUAAUUAAUCUUUUUUUUUUUCUUUUGCACACUAUAAUUGCAUUUUCUAUUCUUUAAAAAGUGCAAAAAAAUUUAAAAUGUAUGCUGUAAAACAGCAAAUUUUAUUUAGUACUCAUCAAGCUGUUCAGAACAUAUUUACCCAAAUUGUAGCAAUACUAUGAAGAUGUACUUUAAUACAACUUCUGCUUAGUGAAGUCAUUAGAGCUUGGCUUGCCGGGUAAGAAAAAAACGGACCAGUCUUUGCAUUAUCUGUUUAAAGAAGGUCUUUUAAAAAAAAAAAAAAGAAGAAAAAAAAAAAGAAAAAAAAAGAAAAAAUAAA